ACACGGCUGAUUGGACCCUACAUUGUUGAGCCCAGCCUCGUCUCUCACUCUGAGGCAUCUGUCAGAUCCCCAGGCUAGAGAGCCAGCAUCUUUGUCAUUGUGUCCCUGCUCUGCAGAAACACCAAGAAGUCAUUUCUGGUGAGGACCAUGUCCCUGCUUCCAUCACUCCCUCUCCUUCUCCUGAGUGUGUUGGCAGCAUCUUACUCAGAAACUGUGACCUCUGAGGAUGCCCAAAAGACCUGUCCCGCAGUGAUUGCCUGCAGCUCUCCAGGCAUCAAUGGCUUCCCAGGAAAAGAUGGGCGUGAUGGCACCAAGGGAGAAAAGGGGGAGCCAGGCCAAGGGCUCAGAGGCUUGCAAGGCCCUCCUGGAAAGUUGGGGCCUCCAGGAAAUCCAGGGCCUUCUGGGUCACCAGGGGCCAAGGGCCAAAAAGGAGACCCUGGAGCCAGUCCAGAUUGUGAUUGUAGCCUGGUUAACUCAGAAAGAAAAGCUCUGCAAACAGAAAUGAAUCAUAUCAAAAAGUGGGUAACCUUCUCUCUGGGCAAACAAGUUGGAAAGAAGCUCUUCCUGACCAAUGGUGAAACAAUGACCUUUGACAAAGUGAAGGCCCUGUGUGCCCAAUUCCAGGCCUCUGUGGCCACCCCUAUGAAUCAGGCAGAGAACACGGCCAUCCAGAGUCUGGUCGAAGAAGAAGCCUUCCUGGGCAUCACUGAUGAGGAGAUGGAAGGGCAGUUCGUGGAUCUGACAGGAAGAAGACUGACCUACACAAACUGGAAUGAGGGUGAGCCCAACGAUGCCAAUUCCAGGGAAGACUGUGUAGCGCUCCUGAGAAGUGGCCGGUGGAAUGAUGUCCCCUGUUCCUACUCCCUUCUGGCCAUCUGCGAGUUCCCUGUCUGAAAGGUCACAUGACUAGGGCCCCCCUUGUCCUUUUACUGUAAUCCACAGGCCCACACUCUGCUUGGAAAGAUAAAUUAUGUCAAUUUCCCCAUAUGCAGUGUUGUUGCUCCUUUGUGGGCAAUCACUAAAAAUGAUCACUAAUAGCACCAUCACCAAUAAAGCAAUAAUAGAAGUAGUAAUAGUAGCAGCAGUAGUAGUCAUACUAAUUAAUUUUUAAUAUAUACUAUGAGACAGACACUAUCUUUUGUAUACUACAUUAAUUAUCUAGUUUAAUUAAGCUAUAAUAUUUUUGAUAGUGUUCACUUGCUGCAAUAUAAAAAUAAGAUGGAUUUAUUUUUCCAUUUACAACAAACCCCUGUGCUCUGUUGAGCCUUCCUUUCUCUUUGGGUAGAAGGCUUCCUAAUGACAUGACCACCGUUUAAUACCAUAGCUUUUUAGCAAGUCUCAGGUAUUGAAAAACUCUAUUUUGUAACUUUCUCUAUGAACUCUGUUUUCUUUUUAAUGAGACAUUAAACCAUGUAAAGAACACAAAUAACAUAAAUCUCAAGCAAACAGAUUAACACAUUCUCAUACACAUACAUGCCUAUAUACCCACUUUCUAGAUUAAGAUAUAGGAUAUUUCUGACUCCCUAGAAGCCCCUUUAUAACUCCUCCUAGUACUAACUCCUAGGAAAAUACUACUCUGACCUCCAACAUCAUUUUGUCUGUUGGUGUACGUUGUAUAUUUGGGAUCAUACUGUGUGUCAUGUUGUAUGUCUUGUUUACUCAGAAUUAAGUCUGUGAGAUUCAUUCAUGUUAUAUGUAGCAGAAGUUUCAUCCUUUUUCUUGCCAUGUAGGGUUUCCUUAUAGUAAUAUUCCUCAGUUUAUCCAUUCUAUUGUUAAUAGGCACUUAGGUGGCUUCCAAUUUGGGGCCAUUAAGAAAAAGAAUCCACAAACAUUCCUGUACUUGUCUUUUUCAUAGACAUGGUGCACUAAUUUCUCUUGGCUGCCUAUCCAGAAUUGGAACUUUAAGGGGAUGAGGGAAGCAUGCAUUUAGUUUUAGGAGAUACUACCAGUUUUCCUGAGUGAUUGUAUAAAUUUAUUCUCCCAGCAAUGUGUGGCAGUCCUAGAUGCUGUAUGUGCUUAUAAAAAGUUAAUGUUUUUACUUCUCUUAACGUUUAUUAUUCCUGUAGAUAUAAACUGUAUUUCCCCAUGGUUUUAAUCUGUAUCUCCCCAACAUGUAAUAAGAUUGAACACAUUUUUUAUGCUUAUUGUGUACUUGGAUAUCUUCUUUUGUGAAGUACCCAUUCAAAUCUUUUGUAUUUUGUUUAAAUUAGUUAGCCAAUAUUUUUCUUACUGAUUUUUAUGUUAUUUUUACAUUCUGAAUAUGUCCUUGUCUAUGUGUAACACAAAUAUUUUUCUAGUUUUUGGCUUGCUCCUAAUAUUGAAUGUUGAUGAGCAAAAUUUACUAAUUUUGAGAAAAUCUUAUUUAUUCAUAUUUUCUUUCAAAGUUAGUGCUUUUUGUGUCAUGUUUAAGAAAUUUUUGCCCAUCCCAAAAUCAUGAAAAUAUUUUUUUAUGAUUUUGAAAUCAUGAAGAUAUGUUUCCAUUUUUUUUCUAAUAGUCUUAGGAUUAAACAUUCUAUCUAUUCCUGGUAAAACAGAUAUCCACUUGAUACAGCACAAUUUGUAGGAAAGGCCAUUUUUCCUCCAUUGAACUAGGGUGGUCCAUUUUCGUAAAUUAAGUAACUGUGUAUGUGUGUGUCUGUUUCUGGGCUAUCUAUUCUACUAGUCUAUGUGUUGGUGCUUGUGUCAAACAGGACACUAUUUUAAUUACUGUACAUUUAUAGUUGUAACUAUAGUUCAGCUUUGUUCUUCUUCAAGUUAAGAUUUCCAUACAAAUAUUAGAAACAGCUUCUCAAUUUCCACAAAACCCUGAUGAGCUUUCCAUUGGGACCGCAUUGACUCCAUCAAACUUAUGCAGAACUGACAGCUUGCUACUGAAUCUCUAAUCAAUGUUCACCAUGUAUCUCCAUUUAAUUAGGACUUCUUUAACUAAUAUUGUUAUGUUUUGACAUUUUAAUUUUUAAACUAAAAUAAAUAUCUUAAAAUA